AUGCCCGACCCAUUGACUGCUCUAUCGACUGCUGCUAGCGUCGUCUCUCUGGUAGACGUAACGAUCCGAGCCUGCGAAGGCAUCUACGGCCUUGUCAUCUCAUGGAGGAAUGCUCCCCGUGCGGUCAAAAGUUUGCGGCAAACGGUCGAGGGUAUCGAAUCGAUUCUUCGCAGUCUAAAAACUUUUGUGACAGAAUACGAGUCUUCGGUCGCGUUUCGGCAACAUCGCCAAGUUUUACCUGAUUCCGUGAACGCAGACAUCAUCAGCAUUGGAGAGACCCUAGGUCUCCUGGAUGGAAUCUUGACGUCGAGUGGCGAAACGAAAAAUGUUCGCAGAAGGGCAAAAUGGGCUAUUGAUGAGAAGAAAACCCUAGAGAUAGUACAGCGGCUAGAAACACAGCAAGUGGCACUCAUUUUGAGCCUGCAGACUGUUGCACAGAGGAGUUCGAUCGCCCGGCACCAUGACAUGUUCAGGAUUGAAACAAACUUGAAGCAAAGCCAUCCUAUUUCGACGGAACAGGUCUUGAAUGCACUGAAGCCCAUCAGCCGGCGUUUAGACGUCAUCGCACAAAACGAAGCAAGUGCCUCGAUGGGACACGCCUCAUUGAGUACAUCAAUUGAAGCGCUUCGAGAGACAAACCUUGACCUUCACAACACUCUAGACGGCAAAUUGGACAACUUGAUGUCAGGCCUCUCUCAAGCACCCUUUCUGAGAGACUCCAUACGAUCAGAGAUUUUUGUUCGACCGUCCACCAAUGAUGUUCUGGCCAGGAUCUUUAGGGAGGAGCUGAAACACGUUGUCAUCCCCAUUGUAGAGGAUCGCUUGAAGGCUAAUAAGUCUGCAUCCGAGGCACAGAUCGUCUCCAUACGUGAGAGCAUCGAUUCGAUGGCAAGUGAAUUCCAGCAGAAUCUCAAUUAUGAAGACUCUGACGAACUAAUCACCUUUCUCCGAUGUCAAGUCCUAGAGAUAGAUGAUGUUAAAGCAGAUGAGCUCGCAGAACAGUUGCGGCAUUGCUUAAAUGUUACACCCUUCUUCAAAUCUGCCGGAAUCGGAUACGGUUUCUACGCAACACAAAGAACAUACUACCUCUGUGGUCUCGGUGCUAAUGUCAGAGCAAGAGACGCUUCCGGCAGACAGCCUUUGCAUUACCUAUUUCAAAAGCCUUGGUCAGAUGAGACAUCUUGUCACGUUAUCUACCUGGCAUAUCUACUCAUUAAAACUGGAGCGGACAUCUGGGCUUGUGAUGACCGUGGCAACACACCGACUUCGCUCGUCCUGAAACAUGAUCGAUGGGAUGAUUGGUGCAAGAUUCUGGAGCGCUGCGGUCUCGAUGUGGAACAUGUUCUCAGGACAGAGAGGGACAACCGCUGGGAUCGGCAACAUCUCAAUGAUGCUGAGCGGUCCAGUGUGGACACCGAAGAUCUCGAGUUUCCUGGUCAUGAGGUCUCGUUGAGACGACGAGGAGCGUACACUCGAGAGGUUGAUGGAUAG